AUGUGGAACCCUGGACUUGGAAAGUACGAUAAAACGGGUGUAUAUUUCAUGUUGGCACUCCACAUUGUUACAGCUUGUCCUGCAUGCAUCACCUGAAAGCUAGUCUUCUUUCCAGCCACCAUGAGAAUUGCCGUUUUCCUCGCCUGUAUCGCCUUGGCUUUAGCCUGGCAGCCAGAGGAGCGUUUGACAGGGGGCAAUGUUGCACCCGUUGGUAGUCGCCCGUACAUGGCUUCUGUUUUGUACAGCAGCAAUUCAUUGGAUCAGUUCUGUGGCGGGGCUCUAGUUCACCCGAAGUGGGUCCUCACCUCCGGUUUUUGUGUCGGCAACGCUGACGAUAUACAUGCCGGGCUUGGAUACUACAACCUGUUGAAAGAUGACAGUUCUGACGGAGCUGUGGUCGUCCAUGGUACCUGGCACAGACAUCCCGAUUACGGCACCAGCCCGGCCUUCGCCAACGAUAUCGCCCUGAUUGAAUUGGAUACGCCGGUGACUCUUUCGGAUAGAGUAAAAGUCAUUAACAUGCCUAAAAAGGACAGUACACCAGCGGCUGACACUAAAAUGCUCAUGAGCGGUUGGGGAAUUACCAAGCAAGGUGGCGAGCUGCCCGUAGAGUUGGUGCAGAGCCUAAUCACAGUCAGCCACAUAGAUGUGUGUAUCAAGCAGUACGUCAUCCAAGUCGACGAUACCCUGAUAUGCAGCGAUCAUACCGAUCACGACUUCUGUUCUGGUGACGAUGGCGGACCUGCAGUGACCAAUUACGACGAAAACAGCUAUGUCGGCACUGAGGUUCUUGCAGGCUUAGCGGUGAGAGGUCACGGCUGCCAGGCCAUCGAUGACCCGUCGCUCUACACCCGCGUUAGUGCCCACUGCGGCUGGAUUGACAGCGAGACAGGCGGAGAUGUCCAUUGCAAUUAAAUACAGGGGUCAUACGGGGUCAAGUCCGAUCAGCGACCAUGUUGUUAACCAUUAGGCAGUGUUCAAUGGUUACCUAUGCAUGAAAUACAUUCUGGGUAUACCAGGUAAAAUCGCCCAAUGGUCGACAUUGGGAGCCUUUAGGGACGCUUGGUGGCAGCAGACUCACCAGGUAAAAUCCAUUGUUCUCGGUAAUGUGCGCAUGAUAAGAACUACGUAA